AUGAAGCUAUUUGGUUUUCCCUUGAAGGGUUCCAUAAGCACUAGUGAGGACAUACCAUGUGUCGUCGACGAUAGUGGUGGCAAGAAAUUCAAGUGCCGCUACUGUCGUCGCCAAUUUGCGAAUUCUCAAGCACUAGGAGGCCACCAAAAUGCGCAUAGGAAAGAACGUGCUAAGCUAGCCCAGUUCAAAUAUCUUCUCCGUCUUCAGCAACAUGAUCAGUACCAUCAUAGGUUCAAAGAAGCAUCAAAUGGUUCACCCAGCGUUAGUGUUGUUGGUAGUGCAAUUACUAGUGCUGCUGCUGGUGCAGCUUUGUUUGAAUUUCAUAGUGCAGCUGCAGGAUCAUCACAUCUUGGGACAGUGCCAGCGAGUGGCAAUGAUGUAGUGGAUCUCAACCUCAGACUAGCUUGCUCCUCAGAGAACUUCAAGAACUGA